UGCAAGAAAGUGAGAUGGGCAUCACGCCUGGCUGCUAAGAUCUCAAGAUCAAGGGUCAGUCCUACAAGAAGUUCCAAACAAGCUAAACAUGUGAAGCCAGUGAAACAAACUGUGGUAAGUUACCAAACUGUAAGGUUUCUGCCUAUGACUUGUAAUUAAUCUACAAGCAAGAAAGAAUGACUGAAGACUUGUAUGUUAGCUACAUGCGUCUGCUUCAGUGUACCAGGAACUAAACAAUGUACUUUUUAGCAAAUUCGUAAGUUUGUAAAGUAACCAUUUACACAACCUUUUUCUAAGAGGUUGAACGGAAUCAUUAUUUUUUAAACAUUCAUUUUGAAGGUUUAAAAUAGACUAUCAGUUUUUUUCCCUGUACAGUCAAAUCCUGCUUUGUAAAUAAAAGCUUCAUGAACACUUUGUAAUUGUGGACAGUUCUCUUUGUCCUGGGUGUAAGCCCUAAUAUUUUCUAUUCUUUCAACCCACUGAAGGUAAUUCCUUGAUAAGGAUGUACUAUUCAGCAAUAAAAAUACACGUACAGGUGUAUGGGGUCAUGAGCCUGCACGCUUAUUCUUCUAAUAUGUUUUUACUAAGUUACAUGCAAAAUGUUAAAAACUUGAAUGACUGCCAAAAUUUGUUAUUUCAUAGUGCUCAGAAACAUUGCUUAUGUUUCCUUCAGUCUCUGCAUGAAAAGGGUUCAACUGUGUCUUUGUUAAGAACUCUUUGUAUGUUAUUUUGUUACAUGUACAUAGAAUAUCAGACACCUUAAAUUAUAGAUCUUCUAAAUAUGCAUAAAUAUGAAAUGUACAUUCCUGGUUAUCCCAGUAAUCCUGAUCAUCCCAGCCGUCCCAUCCAGUCAACCCAGUCAUCCGGUCAUCCCAGUUAUUGCAGUCAUUCCAGUCAUCCAUGUCAUCCAAAUCAUUGCUGGGUCAUUCCUGUCAUUCAAGUCAUCCCAGUCUUCCUAGUCACCGUGGUCAUACAAGUCGUUCCUGUCAUCCCAGUCAUCCUAGCCAUCCCAGCCAUCCCAGUCAUCCCACUCAUUCAAGUCCACCCCACCAUUUUCUUACCCAGUUGAUCCAAGUCAUCCCAUGUAUACCAGUCAUUUCUGUCAUCCCUGUCAUCUCCAGGCUACCCACUUAACCCAGUCUUCCCAGGUAUUAGAGUCAUCUUCGUCAUCCCAGUGAACUCAGUCAUUCUCAUAAUUCUGGUCAACUCAGCUAUCUGAUGGUCAUUCCAAUUAACCAGGGUACAAAGAAAGUCAUUUUUACAGCUUGUUAGUCGGGCAAGCUUUAAUACUAGCCCAAAUGUCAUUUCAACUAUCCCCCAAAAUUAUUUGAUGAGCAGAAUUGAUUUCACACUUCUUCUGUAAGUUGAAUUCCUCAAAAUGCCUCACUUGCCCGUCAGGCAAGUUACAUUGUAAGAACAGAAUCCACUAACCCAAUAGCAAAAUCCACUAGUCCCAGGCUAUCGGACACUGCUUUCAUUCACUCUAGUAAUCCAAGUAAUGACACCAAACUCACCCAAAAGUCACCCUAGUCAUCCAAGUCACCCUAGUUACCCAAGUCAACCUAGACACACUAGUCAUCCUAGUCACCUAAGUCACCCUAGUCACUGUAGUCACCCAAGUCAACCUAGUCACCCUGGUCAUCCUAGUCACCUUAGUCACCUAAGUCACCCUAGUCACUGCAGUCACCCAAGUCAACCUGGUCACCCUAGUUAACCUAGUCAUGUUACUCACCCAAGUCAACCUAGUCACCCUAGUCACCCAAGUCACCCAAGUCACCCUAGUUACUCAAGUCACCCAAGUCACCCUAGUCACUCAAGUCACCCUAGUCACCUUAGUCACUCAAGUCACCCUAGUCACCCAAGUCAACCUAGUCACCCAAGUCACCUUUGUCACGCAAGGCUUCCAAGUCACCCUAGUCUCCUUAGUCAAACUAGUCACCCUAGUCACCCUUGUCACCCUAAUCACCCAAGUCACCUUGAUCACCCAAGUCCCCCGAGCCCUUGUCACCCUACGCAUCCUAGUCAACCAAUACAGCUUGUCAGCAUUGUCACCCCACUCAUUGAAAUUACCCUGGUCACCCCAAUUACACUAGACGUCCUAGUCACCCCAGCCAGCCUAGUCACCCUAAUUACCCUCAUCAACUUUAAAAACUGCUGUUUUACCUUGUUAAUGUGGUACUCUUACCUUGUUUUAAAAUGACUUGUUCUUCUUUUUGUAGUCAAGUAAAGUAGGAACUACGCUCAUUUAAUUUAACUUGUUGUUCAACUGUUCAAUAGGAUUUGAAGACUGCACUUACAAGACACCUGGAAAAACGGAGAGAUUUUGCCAAGCAGGAAGCGCGAAAAAUUAACGUCCCUUCCUUAAAACAAAGAAAAGCUGUUGGAGAAGAUUCCAUUUCUAAAGGACGCAGAGAGAUAAUAAUUGAGCCCUCGUGUUCAAAGGUAAUCGUAUAGAAAAUUGGAAAUUUAUAUCCAAACUUGGGAAAAGUGCUUUAGCGAGAAAAAAAAUGUAACAGUUUUUUUUUAAAAAGUUAGUUAUGUAAAUGAGGGUAAAUAAGGCAUUUACCUUGCAGGAUCUGAACUCAGCGUCACGAUUAAAGAAGAGACUGACUUGCUUACUACUCGGGUUUUUGUCUGUGUUUAAGCCUUUGUAGACUUGCAGACUUUAAAUAUACCGUCUUCUAUUUUGAAAGUAAAUUUUUUCAAGCGACAGCAUGGAAUUGUAAAAGACUCAAGUGGAUAGAGCGCCGGCCCGGUGUUUGGGAGGUCAUAGGUUCAAAUCCUGUCGGAGACUCAGAUUUUUUCUUUGUCCCACGCUCGUGACAUGUUGAUCAUUUCAUUUCUAUAUUUGUUUCUCCGAGCUUAAAUUUACCAUCUUUCAUUUUUUCACCAAGCGUAGAAUUUUUGUUUUAGUUCCAAAUUUUUAUUCUUUUUAGAACCCUGCCUUCACAUCAGAGGAAAACAGCAAAGUGACAGGUCAUUCAUUUCGUUCCCUUGGUUUAAGAGAGGAUGUACUGAAUGGAUUGAAGGAUUUAUCAAUUUCAAAACCCACUAUGAUUCAGGUAUACAUCAGAAAAUAGCUUAAAGCUUUGUUCCAGAGUUUCUGUAGUCUUCACGUUUUCAAGUUUUGUUUUCCGUUUUAAUCACUGUUGAAUCUUUGUUUUUCUUUAUCGUCGUAGACGUAACAAAACAAUGCACUUUGAAUAAUUAUGUUCACGUUAAAAGACAACACAUACAGUGUAAAAAGAGAAGUUUUUGCGUUUCCUCGAGUGCGGAAGUUUUUCACCACAAAAAUAGAAAAUUUCCCUUUUUAGUUUAGCAAUCACUUUAACUUCACUUGUCGUAGGCGUAUAGAGAAGAGAAGUCACAACGUCACAAAAAGUAAAUUUUGAGAAAUCAUGGGAAAGGUUGGCGUAUCCAGAAAGAACAAGAUAAAAAGUUUCCACUCGGUCAAAAUGAGCCUGUUAGUGCAAAUUGGUGGGGAGAUAUAAGUAGCGUUAUUCUCCGAUGACUCCAUAUACGUCCUUCUAAAAUAGACGUGGAUCGUAACCGUUAAAAUCCAAUCCAAUUUUAGAAAGAUUUGCACGGAUUCAUCAGAGUAUAAUGGUAGUCAUGUCUCCCCUCCAAUUUGCACCAACAGGCCGAUUUUUCGCAAGGGUUUUUUUUUUCAUAUUGUACAUUUACAAAAUCUCUCAAAUUUGAUCUUUUUUUUAAUGACGCCACACAAUGCAAAAAAGGAAUCAAUAAGCCUAAUGUGGCUGGAAUAAUAGUCUUGGGUUGGAGUACAAAACAAUGAAGUCAUUAGUCACUACUGUCUUCUAAAUACAUUAGUACUAAAUAAAGACUUUUUUGUAGAGAAUGGCAAUUCCUCUCAUACUCAAACGGGAACAUGUUCUAUGUGCCGCACAGACAGGUAACUUUUGCUUUUAGUGGUAGCUUCUCAUACUAAGGGUAACUAAAUGUUCCAUAUCAGAGGAUUAUCUCCCGAUGGUAACGAAGUCAAGCAGGAGGAAAAAACUUUACUGUCGACUUAGUUCCUUUAAUUUUCACUUGAUCGUAAGCCCUGCGCGUGCCAAUACGACUUAGACUGCGACUCUCAAUCUCCGCCUUUUGAACACUAACUGUUAUAGUUCAGUAAAAUAGAUAUACCCAAAGAGGCAAUAAAAAACAGAAACCAGGGCCUGUUGUUUUUGUAGCAGGGACGAAAUCUUGCGUGGAUACCAUGUAAGCAGAUUGCAAAACAUGGUUUUGUCGCUCGAAAGGCGAGGAAGCGUAGAUCCUUGAUUAUAUCGUAAGCUUGUCGCUCCUGUAGGGCGUGGGUGCUCAUUUUUUCAUCCCCACCGCGGACAGUCUGAUGGAACAUGGUCGGUAUUAACCGCACGAAUUCGAUAGACCAAUGGACCAAUGCCAAAAAUAUACAACUGUUCUUAAACUAGACUCAUCGCUUGCGCAGACGAUAGGGCUUGUCCAGGCUACUCAGAUAACGAUUCUAAUUCUACUGAGUUUAACUGACUUCUAAACUUGAUCUGUGCUCCAGUGACAAGUGGUUGAAUGCCGAAUAUAACCGAGAGGAACUAGUUUUUAACUACCAUGUACCCAACAAACAUUAUAGGGAAACGUAAAUUUAUGUUACCGAUGUUUGACGUGUCUUAUCAAAAUUUUAGGUACAGGAAAGACUCUCGCCUAUCUCUCACCGAUAGUUCACCAUCUGCGAGAAGAGCAGGAUCAGGGCGUGAUAUCACGUCUUAACAGACCUCGGGCUCUUAUUGUUUUACCUAACAGGGAACUUGCUUUCCAAGUUUUAGUAAGUGGUGUCAUCCUCAUUAUUAUUGUUGUUCGCGUCAGAAAGCGCAUAAGGCCUUUGUAAGUGGCACCUGAUAAAUAUGAAUUUAUACAUCACCAUCCAUUUGGAUCACAACGUGAAAUGACAAAACCAGUUUCCGACGUAUGCGUAACGAUUUUGAUUUUUCCUUUUUGACAAACCCUCGGCGAGAAAACAAAUAACGAUAAUUUCUGAGUACUUUGUGCAAAUUAGAACAGACUUCUCUUGUAAAAAGUGGGUUCGUUGUCUUUUACCUUCUGAUCUGUUACAAUUAUAGGCCCGUAAACCUUUCAAAUCACUCAUGAUUACUGUUUUCUACUCAAUGGUUCCUUAAUAAACACCAAACUGCUUCGGCAGUCAGUGGAAGUAACGUGUUUUUAGCUAUGCUAUUUCUUUUUUAGAAAGUGGCAAAGUCGUUGUCUCAUAACGCACGCUUCCGGUCAGCUCUUUUAACUGGAGGAAGAAAGCUAGUAAGUUGGAAAUGAUUAUUGACUAUAUACCAGUUCUGAUAGGGGGCAGCGGUACUGAGCGGUGAAUGGUUUGCACUUGCAAUCCGGGUGCUUCAAGUCCAAGCCUUUUUUUCGUGACAUAGUCUAGCUGGUUUUGUUCUCAUUUGUACCCCCCGAAUUUAACUCCUCAGCAACGCUUGCAAAUAGCCAACUGGUUUGCCUCCAGCUAAUUGGGGUACUCGUUUUGUAAUUUCAAUUAUUUGUUUCUGUCUUUUUUUGUGGCCUACAAUUCAAACUACGGGUUACCAGUAUUUGUGUGGCCCCUACACAAGGUCAUUCAGUUCCCCUUGUUCUUUAACUAAAGCGGCAGGUAAAUCGGAUGGCCCUAUGCGAUAUUUAUGUUUUCGUUUAUUUCGUUUGUAUGCACAUAUUUUAUACUGUUUAAAAUUUCUCUUCCAGGCAUACGCCCGUCUCGUUUAUAUGUUAACCUAGAACCACUUCCGGUGCUUAUAAGUCGUGUUUCAUGGUAGCUCUUUUUGUAUUUAGCAUUGUUACAAGUGAUUUUAUGCUUAAGCGAAGUAUCAUUAUCUAGGGUGGACAAUGCGUUUACAGCGCGGGGUAAUUUCUCUUUCGAAGCAUCUCCAAAAAAAAGAAAGGUUAAUGAAUUGUGUUUUGCUGUUGUUGUAUUUUGUUUUCUUUUUCCUUAGAGAGUUUUAAAGUCAGGGUUUGAAUCUCCAGUUGAUCUUCUUGUCGGAACACCAGGAACGUUACUGGAAUUUCUAGAAAGAGGUAAAGGGUAAAGAAGUUUAAUGAUCGCAAUAUGUUUCGUUAAAAUCGCCCAUGUUCAACGGUGGUAGGCCAUUGGGCCUUACUCACACGGCGGCCAUAUUGUCCCGAGAGACUGAAAAAGCUUUGUUUUACCAGCCUCGACCUCGCAGUAAAAAACUUGGGAGCGAGGCUAGAGAGGUAAAACAAAGCAACUUUAGUCUCUCGGGACAAAAUGGCCGCCGUGUGACAAAGGCCCUUUGCACGAUGGCAUUAUUUCACUACUACGGCCAGAAUCCUUUUCGUUUUCUCUUUCAUAUUUGAAUUUGGUACCCAGUGAGGUUUAAAUAACAGAGGCCGUAAUUUGCACAAGAGAGCAAAACCCUGAAGGAUUCUUGUCGUGGUGAUAAAUGACGUCACCGGUCAAAUGGCUUCAAAUUUUUAACCAUUUCUUAGGUUUUUUUGCACCGCGUCUAUUCAGGCUCCCAUUGACUUUUUUUUCAAAAUGUUCAGUAUGUUUUGUGAUCUUUAAUUAUCUUCUUCAGGUCGAUUGUUUCUCUCGGACGUGUCUUACCUGGUAAUUGAUGAAGCUGAUACUAUGUUUGACAAAACCUUCAAAAACGACACCAUGCAACUUCUUGAAACAAUUAACGUAAGUAUACAUAAAGGUUGCGUUUUCUGAGACUUGUCUAGCUUAGAAGCAUCAAACCCGAAGUCCUCCACAUUUCCUACGUGGUGAAAAGCAAUUCAUGCUUAAUGUCAUUGUAAGAGGAAAUAAGCUGAACUUCAGGGAAAAGUUGCUAGGUAGUCCUAGGUGAUAGCCUUUCAGUACCACUGUUGCUGAAAUUAAAAAAUGUACGGUACAUAUCCCAAACCAAAUGAAACCAUGUAAAAGUAGAGCUGAAGAGGUUUCGUUUCUAUUGUAAUACUACAGGAUUUCGUGCACAGACUCAUAGAACUGCAUCAGUAUUUUCACAAUUGACUUAGGGGAGCAGUUCUGGCGCGAGGAUUUGUGAUAUCGAUGGUUUCCAAGAGCAACAGUUAACUAAUCACAGCUCAUUGGUUUCUCAAACAAUCCGGCCCAGAAGACUUACGGUCAUGUUAUACGAGAUGAUUCGCAACGAGGAUUUUUAGCGCAGCACAACGUUACAACGUUGUCGCAACAUUGUUUCGAAUAGUUACAACAUUGUUCCAACAUUGCAAAGACUUGUUGCGCUAAAAAUCGUCGUUGCGAAUCGUCCCGUCUAACAUCACCUUUAACGCAAAAAGCUUGUGUCCAUUCUCCUUCAAAGUUCUGUAGUGGUUUUAUUUUCGAGGUAGCAUCGGCUGUGGCCUGUUUUAGCAUAUAGUUAAUGAUACAUUUGUCAUGUAGUUAUUCUUUUCUCAGAUAAGACAAGACAAACCGUCCCAUCGCUCUAGUUUACCUAACGACGCGCAAGUUACUGUUGUCUGUGCGACAUUACCACAAGAAUUGCUCGAGGAUAGACUCCAAGAUAUUCUGCCGGUAGGGUGGAUAGAGCAUAUCGGCCAUAAGAAAAGUUUAGCACCUUUUGGUAAGGCAGAAUGCUUAUUCAAGACAGGUAGCUAAAGCAGGCGGCCAAGUCCAUGGGCGAAAAAAAGAAUGGGAAAUUAAAAACGUGUAGGCAAUGGAAGGCGCGGGAGAACGUGUAGCUACUAGCCAAUGAGAACGGAAACCGUGAUAACGUGUAAGGAAAAGUGUAGCUGAUCUUUGGAAAACGCGAAAGUGAUCAAAAGCGCGGGAAGCCUUUAUCGGUGCCUACGGUGGAAAAGCCUUUGUCAAAAGUGGACAAACGUGUGCCUUUUAGCAAGAGUAGAAAUGAACUUAUGAGUCACAUGACGUGUUUCUUAAGUUUUGCCCUCUAAAAGACAAGUUAGUGUUUUUUUGAGUCAGAGUUCUUCUUAAGCAAUAGUGUUCAGGUUCUUAUUCAAGCAUGAACAUUUACCACUUAAAUGUUGCUCUCCUCUUCUCUCCAGCAUUUACAGGCUUGUACGUCUAGCCAUCACCGUAUCCUGCCACAUGUGAGACACAAGUUUGUGAAAAUCCCACAAAAUGAUAAACCAGGUAAUUAAUACAAAAUUUGUAUUUAUUUUGAUCGCUUUCACCGACAGAAAAAAAAAAUUAUAAGAAAACGAUUAAAUCAAUAAGUAACAAAUCAACGAAAUGUAGGCGGUACCAUUGCCACAAAAAGUUAUAGUUUUAAUGGCCUUUAUUUGAAAUCUAGUGUAGGAUUUGAUCCGCAGGCUCAAGCAUUUCAUUCUCAGACCUGAAAUAGAGGAACACCUUGUACAGGAUAAUAAACAGUACUAAACGGGAACACAAGAAAGUACUGCUCUGUAGCUUUCACUUGAAUGCGUGUACUUUAAGAUGUCAUUUACAGUCUCAAAAAUGUGAACCACCUUGUACAACAUAACAAGCACCACGACCAGUAAAAAUACUUCUGAGUACAGAGCUUCUAAUUGAAUGGAGUUUAUCCAGCCAAUCGUUACUUACAAAUCAGCCUUUUGGAUAUUUACAAUGAUCUUUUUGCUAUUAAGGACCUUGUUUUGUUUCUCUCUUUUCAUGCAGAGAAACUUUUAGAACUUCUGAGAGAAGACCUGUCGUUGCACAAUCAGCGAACUGUCGUGUUCUGCAACACUACACCAAGCUGUGAUUUUAUAGGACAUUAUCUCACAAAUAACGGCAUCUCACAUAUCAAACUCCACAGCACCAUUGCUAUUGAGGUAGAGGAACUUAGA